AUGCCUACAAAAAACCGUGCACUCAUCUUCACAAAGCCACCCACCGGCAUGCCGGUACCCGGUGAACAUGUCACGGUCAAAGACGUCGGCUUCGACCUGGACGCCCCGGCGCCAGAGAAUGGUAUGGUUCUCGAAACGCUCUACGUCUCCCUUGACCCGUACCUCCGCGGGCUCCUGCGCGACCCGAGCAUCAAGUCCUACAUGCCUGCCGUGCCGCUGGGCUCGCCGAUCCCGUCGCUGUCGCUGAGCCGGGUCGUCAAGUCCAACCUGACCGACUACAAGGAGGGCGACAUCGUGCGCCACGGCCUCCCGAUCCAGGAGUACAACACCUUCGUCGUGACCAAGGGCGCCGAGGGCAGCGUGGUGAAUCCUGCGAAGCCGGAGAAGAUCGACCCCUCCAGCGUCAACGACAUCCGCCACUACCUCGGCGCGCUGGGCAUGCCAGGCCUCACGGCGUACAGCUCGCUGUAUGAGAUCGGCAAGCCCAAACGCGGCGAGACCAUCGUCGUCUCCUCGGCCGCGGGUGCCGUGGGCCAGCUCGUGGGCCAGCUCGCCAAGCACGAGGGCCUCAAGGUCUUUGGUUCCGUGGGAAGCGACGACAAGCUGGCGUAUAUUGCCAACGAGCUCGGCUUCGACGGCGGCUGGAAUUACAAGAAGGAAAAGUCGACGUUGGAAGCUAUCCACCGCCUCACCAACAACAACGGCAUCGACAUCUUCUACGAUAACGUGGGCGGCGAGCAGCUCGAGGGCGCCUUCGAUGCCCUCAACUGGCACGGUCGCGUCAUCGAGUGCGGCCAGAUCAGCCAGUACAACCUCCCACCCGAGGAGCGGUACCCGAUCCGCAACACCUUCAACAUCGUCUCGAAGCGUCUGCAGGUCGAAGGCUUCCUAGUGGGCGACGAGAGGUUCGGUCCAAAGUGGGCCAAGGAACACGCUGAGAAUGUGACCAAGUGGUUGAGGGACGGUACGUUCGUGGCCAAGAUCCAUGAGACGGUCGGUAUUGAGAAUGCGGGCCACGCAUUUGUGGGAAUGUUGAAGGGUGAGAAUUUCGGCAAGACCGUGCUCAAAGUCAGGUGA